CGAUCGGCAUAAACAGUGACGCUUUCUUCUGGUUUUACAGAUAAUGUUGUAGUAAUUGUGUUUGCAGUUAAAAAGUUAGACGUGUUAGAUAAAUAUAUCUUCAAAUUCCCCGCUGUAGCAGCUGAAUUUGCGAUCUUACGGACAAUUUGUGUCGUGCUAGCGUUUGAUUCCAUGGUAACUUUCUCUUGUGGACAUGCCAAGUCAACUCGGGAAGGCCGGUGGAUAGUGUGGUCUUCGUCUUUGUAAGUUAGUUAUGUUACAGUAAGAGCUCAGGGCCAGGCAAAAAUCAAACCCACACUGAAAAAACUUUGCAGUGCAUCCUGUCAUGUGAAUCUCCAGUCACGGUCUAAAGCUGUAAUGAAAUCCAGUGGGCCUGUGUUCACAAGGCAGAACCCCUUCCAGCCAGCGUCCAGAGUGGGGACACACUACCACCCAUCCUGCAGCCAGUCCCUGUCAAAGAAAAAGAAAAAAACACAUGUCUAUCACUUUUUUGUUCAGGCUUUGAGUCCUGUGCGUUCAAACCAGCGACCCAGUCCACAAUUACACACUCCAGUGUGUUCAGAGAGUCAACAGCUGUUUGAGAAAUCUGACCACCGUUUAGUCGCCACAGAUGGACAACCUGUUUUUGCAGAGUCCUGGCCAUCCACUGACUGUGGAUCUUCUCCAGCCAGCCCCACAAGCUCAUCUGGCUUGGAGACACCCAAAGACUCUGCGAGAGCAAGACAAUCCACAGCUUCCUCAGAGCUAGAAGCUGAGCAGGAUUCAGUGCUGGCAAAGUACAUAGACCGCUUUCGCCAUGGUCUGCCACAGAGUCGAGAGGAGCGCCGGCAGAAGGCUUCUGCUGUUGGAGAGAAUCAGCUGCCUUUUUGGUGGAUGUCACCCUCAUCUGUACCCCCCAGUUCAACACCAACUAAAACAACAGACAAAGAUCCAGUUAUCCAGCCUCUGAUAGAUGACCAUGGACAUGCCAUUUUUAGUCCUGCUGGACAGCGUCAACAUGACAUUUCCCUUUCCCCAUGCAGAGAAUCUCUUACUGUGUGUGCAUUUAAUUUGUCAGACACCUCCCAGGGUGAAUUUGAUGACACAGAGAUACUACACCUUCAAGAAAGGGCCAACAGACUACUGUUGAGAAAUGAAUGUAGUCUGAGCGAUGGAUCUAUCCAUGUCAGCUCAGAGGGCGUGGGUUGCUCAGAUUUCUCUUCUCCAGUCAGUGUAGAUGAACCAGUAUGCCAACCUUUGAUUCCCAGUAUAAUCAAAUUUACUACUGCGAAGGCCAGUUCAGACCCAGUUCAAACUGUGUCAUCUCAAAAAUCCAUUCCAUCUCUGGUGCCCCCUACACGCCCAGAAGAAGACAUCUUGUUCCAGUGGCGUUUAAGGCGAAAGAUGGAGCAGGCCAGGGCGUGGCCCCAGACCCACCCCAGUCUUCAUGGUCCCGCAUUUAGCUGGCAGGCCACCAGUGUGAGCCAUCCCUCUGCCAGUGGACAUGCUUACAAGCAACAGCAGAGUACUCAUCUUCCUGAAUUCUCACAAAAAGCUACACAUCCCCAUAUCACUGCUCCCCAGCCAGAAGCCACAGAAGCUUACCAUUUAUGGCCCCCAGCUUCAGGUCCACCUCCCUUCCCUGCCUUUGUUGUCUCUGGCUCCCCUGUCUCUCAGCCCCAGACAAUUUCCCAUGUUCCUGCUCACAUGCAUUUACUCUGUGAUGUCUUGCCCUGUCCGAUCCAGUCAUCUCAUGCCCGCACACAACGAAACAAUUCACAAAGUACAGAUGAGUCUCAGAGCAAGGUUGUCCGCAAAAAGAGCCAAGUCCCUGGAAAACCAAUGAAUACCUUCACUGAUGAGCCAAUUUGUGAACACAUGCCAUCCCCACCACCUGCUUCAUGUGGAGCUAUAGUAGGAGAGGGGCCUAGUCACCACAAAAGAUCUGAGAGGAACAGGAAAGAGAAUGCCCAGGAAAAAGAGUCAGAGAAGAAAGAGAAGAAGACAGCGAUGUCCUUCAGAAAGCAGAAGAAAUCAUCAAGAUAUAAUGUGGAAAAGGAACAGGCAGAUGGCCCUGGCUCUGCAAACAGGAGUUCUUCACAUCAAAGAGUUCCUAAAAAGGUCAUGCAGCGGGCAGAGCAGCUGCAACAGGAGGGAUGCCAAGAGUUUUCCAGUGAAACCAGUGGCGAUCAUGCACCACCGCAUUCUCCAAUCCACAGUGCCUUAGGACAGGUAGUUUCAGAGGUAUUGUUCCCUACAGUGGACUCAUCUCCUGCAGAAAGGACCCCUGUCUCUUCGGUUUCUCCUCUCUGCACUUCCUCUGCACCUCCACAAUCCUCAGUUCUUCCAUGCAGUGAACAUAACUCUUCAGAGGUCAUUACACAGCUGCUGCAAGAAGCUGAAGAUUCAGAUGAAAAGGAAUUUGAAGAUGACCCUUUAUUGCAAGUCCUUCGCAAACAGAGAAAAUGGGUAAAGGAGCAGAUCAGUGAAGUGGAUUCUAUGUUGAAUGAAUUCCUGGAAGAGCAACAAGUUACUUGAACACUGUCAAGAAACACUUGAAGUAGUCACUUUUAUUAUUUGUUUUAUAAAGAAAUAAAGUUUAUUUGAACUUUUUAAAAAGAAA